AUGCCCACGCCCAACGCCUCUGCCCCCCUGCCCACUUUCUGGGUCAACGCCUCUGGAGGCAGCGUGCUGAGGGCUGCUGAUGCCACGAUGCCUGUUGGAUUCCUAGCCCUGAGGGUCUCGGUUGCCCUGGCCUACGGGCUUGUGGGGGCUGUUGGCUUGCUGGGAAAUUUGGCCGUGCUGUGGGUGCUGGGUAACUGUGCUCGGCGUGCCCCUUGCCCACCUUCUGACACUUUCGUCUUCAACCUGGCUCUGGCAGACCUGGGGCUAGCACUCACCCUCCCCUUCUGGGCAGCCGAGUCGGCACUGGACUUCCACUGGCCCUUCGGAGGUGCCCUCUGCAAGAUAGUCCUAACGGCCACCGUCCUCAACAUCUACGCCAGCAUCUUCCUCAUCACAGCGUUGAGUGUCGCCCGGUACUGGGUGGUGGCUGUGGCUGCAGGGCCAGGCACCCGCCUCUCGCUCUUCUGGGCCCGCGUGGCCACCCUGGCCAUGUGGGUGGCAGCUGCUCUGGUGACGGUGCCCACAGCUGUCUUUGGGGCCGAGGGCGAGGUGAGUGGCGUGCGCCUGUGCCUGCUGCGCUUCCCCAGCAGGUACUGGCUGGGGGCCUACCAGCUGCAGAGGGUGGUCCUGGCCUUUACGGUGCCACUGGGCAUCAUCACCACCAGCUACCUGCUGCUGCUGGCCUUCCUGCGGCGGCGGCGCCGGCGAUGGCGGGACAGCAGGGGCGUGGCCCACUCCAUCCGCAUCCUUCUGGCCUCCUUCUUCCUCUGCUGGUUCCCCAACCAUGUGGUCACGUUCUGGGGUGUCCUGGUGAAGUCUGACCUGGUGCCCUGGGACAGCACUUUCUACACCAUCCACACCUAUGUCUUUCCCGUCACCACCUGCCUGGCGCACACCAACAGCUGCCUCAACCCCGUGCUGUACUGCCUUCUCAGGCGGGAGCCUCGGCGGGCCCUGGCAGACACCUUCAGGGACCUGCGAGCAAGGCUGCGGCCCCAGGGUCGGGGCUGGGUGGAACAGGUGGCCCUAAAGGAAGUGAGCAGGCGGUGGACGGAGAGCACCCCUCAGCAGGGUGGCCUUUCCGCCAUGCUCACCAACCUGGACAAAGGGACACCUGGGUGA